AUGGAAAUUGAACAAAAAUGGGAGAAAAGUAAUCGUAUGAACAAGGAUUUGGAACGUAUGUCAUCCACACUCUAUAAGAUGUUCCCAACGUUUGAUUCCGAUUCGUUUAGAGCAAGAGAGAAUUUAAGUGAAAUUCCUGUCCCACAAAAGGCAUUAUCAUCUCGUUUCUUGACAAUAGCGGAAUCUGAACCCUUUGGGCCCAUUGAUGCUGCCAAAAUCUUGGACUUAGAACCUGCUGCCACUACUUUAGAGAAAUUAUCCGCUGUUGGUGAACACUCGUUGGGACAUACUGCGAGGAAAGCUGAAAAUGUUAAAGUAAUAUAUGGCGAGGUUCGUUCUGGUGAAAAAGCCAUGUUCAAAUUUACAAACACAAGAGUAGGACAAACAGGAUUUAGAUAUGGUAGCGGUAAUCGCGAUUCGAAGAAAGAUCGUAAAAUUGGUUUCAAUGAGCUCGGUAAAAUGAUAUACAUAUGA